AUGAUGCUCUCCGAGUUGGCAAUGCUAUUCUUAUGGCUAAUUUGUGAUGGUGCCCGUGCAAAUCUUCUGUGCUCUGGAAACAAUUCAGGAUAUUUCUUUGAUGCUACUGCCCCAGUUUGUUACAAAAUCAGCGCCAUACCAAGAACGAGGACUGAAGCUGUCCAUUUUUGUCAGGAAUCAGGAGGUCACCUACUGAGAAUAAAAACAGACCAAAAGCAAAAGUUUGUCGAGGAUUUGACAUUACAAAAUACAAAUUCUAUACAAAAAUACCGCAUUGAUGGUGUGGAAAUUGACAAAGAAUGGAAAUUCUCUAACGGUGAACGCAUUACACGAUUUUAUUGGUACCCCGGGGAACCAAACGGACAUUAUAACUCUAUUGGUUUGAGAGUUGAACACGGAAGAAAAUGGGAUGAUAUAAGAAAUAUCAUUAAGCAUGGAUGUAUAUGUGAAAAAGAUAUAUAG